AUGCCGACUCUCGCGUUCGCGAGCCCACAGCGCUGGACCUUGAAGCCUGACUUUCCUGGGGACGUCAAGCCGCUAGUCGGACCAUACGUUUCUGAAGGGGAUCUUCCACUGCUCGCGGCUCAGCUAGAGUUCCAUGGCUAUGCACCCACGUCCUCUGCUGCUCGCUCUACCGUGUCGUCAGCGCCCACCCGAGAUGCUUUGUAUAAUGCUCUCCCAGACUCGCCCACGUCUGUGAUGGUAGCGCCGACUACGAGCAUCGGGGCCUUGCGAGGAGUCUUACCGUUGCUCAAGCGUGCACCUACAUGGGUCGAAGAUGGUCAUUGGGUCUUCCACUUUUUGGACCCAUGCCCAAAGCGAAGUGAUAAAAGUCCUACUAUGCCCUCACCAGCUGGACUGGCGACCGCGACCAAUCCGUUCGGCGAGGCCCCCACCACUGUGCCCCAUUCGCUGACUAGGUCCAGUCUCUUCCCCAGCUUCUUGAACAUUGGUUCUGAUGCCUUGCAGCGGAUCAUACAAUGUCUCGAUGGGACGGAGCUAAUCAAGCUAGCAAUGCUCUCGAGAGAGACGCACGACUUUCUCCUGCCUCUUUAUUUGCAGCGAUGCAACAUCACUUCCACCGCCCCCAAUGACUUCUCCACCGUGGAUACGCUGUCUCUCAACAACGACGCUGCAACAGAGGAGGCGUUCAGAUUGAUCAGGAUGUCACCACAGAUCGCUGGCGUAAAGCAUCUGCACUGCAAAUUCCACUUCCCAGAGUCCGUCCUUCAUUGGGAGUUCCGCAACUUAUACAGCGUUGUCACCAAGCUACGCCAUAUCGAAUCCAUCACGCUCGAUUUCUCCCUGGUUCCGGACAGUCUUGCGGUUCAUGGUGUGCCACGCUUGCACUCCAUGCGGGGGUGGCGGGCUGCAUUCGGGGUGCUCAUGAAGGCCAUGCUGGCGUCGUCCCCUCGUCAACUCAAUGUUCACGAUAGGACGCACUUCCUGUGGUUCGUCGAAAUCGACGAAGUAGCAACUACUACUCUCCAAUCGAAGUUGCAUCACGCCCUGGUAGGGCCGACACCUAUCCAACGUGAGGUGGCUGAGAUCCUUGGACUUGAGAACGACAAGUCUUCUCUAUGGACCCGCCUUUUUACCGCUGUCAACUCAGAGAACCCCUCAGAAGACGUGUCGCCUCUGGAAAGAGCGAUCGGUCGAGUCGAUCUCGCUUCAUUGACCGACAUUUGUUUGGACUUCGAUUUAACACCGCACGAGUGGGAGAUAAUUGGACAGUAUAUCACCUUGCCUUCCCUCUCCAAAUUCUCCGUAGGGGCCGAUUCGUCGAGCGCCUUCGAUUUUCUCCUUCAAUUCCUAGGCCGACAUCGCAAAAUCACGUCGUUGCACGUAUCCGAAGCCACCGUAAACCAAUUGAAGACUUAUCAUAUCCAAACCCCGUUCCUUCCCCUCCUCACCAGUCUCCACGCCCCCAUCGACGUAUUCUACAUUUUCUUCCCGUCGGGGAAAUCCAACCCAGUUUCUAAUCCUACAGAUGCUGAGAUGCGUGUCUCCCUUCGCGGUCCAUCGGAUUGGUCGACCGUCUCCCGGAAAUUGAACGCACUGCCGCAACUCCUCAAGCAGAGCCCGAUAACCCUGCGGCUUCUACUGUGCACCAAGUCCUGGAUAACUUCACCCCCAUACAUUCCAAUCCAGACACCAAUAAUCAGUGCGCUGGUUAUCGAAGCGUUGGAACAGCCUUUCGAUAUCUCCCAGUGCAAAUUGCUGGAUUGGCUCUCACAAUUCCCCCAUCUAAGGCAAUUGCGCAUGUUGGGAAUAGGUGAGGCCGAGCACGAGAUGGAGUGUAGUUUCGCUCGAUCCGUAGCUAUGCGUCGUGAGGGUUUCCAGUCAGUGGAAUUUGACGGGAGGAUGUACUCUGAUCCUGUAAAUCUUUAG